AUGGCUUUAGAUCUAAAUAUAGCAUUAGAUGAUGGAGAUGAACAUGCUGUACCUAACCUCAAUGAAGCAGUGGCUGAUCAGGAGGAUGACCAGGUUGGAGGUGAUCUCCAGGGAGGUGCCAACCAUGAGCUUCCUGGAGGUGAUUUCCAGGGAGGUGCCAACCAUGUGCUUCCUUUUGAUCUCAACUUGUAUGCAUCUGACCACCAAGGAGAAAUACAUCUAGGACACAUAAUUCAACAGGACAUCAAAUAUGGAACCAUGGAUCAAUAUAGAAUAAUCUGCAUGGCAAAAAGUAUUGUUUUUGUACAUGGUACUCACAUGAUAUUUGUUAUUGUAGACGAUGCUGAUGCCAUGGAUCAAGUUCUGCAAGUAAAUGGAGGUCACAACCAUAAUGCCUUUCCUUUUGAUCUCAACUUUGAUGCCAAUGAGGAAGACCUACAAUACCAUCUAGACAUGCAAGAGUACGGCGUGUAUGCGGGUGAUGUGGAUGUUGUUUUCGAACAAGAGGAGUUGGUUGAUUCAGAUGAGGAAGAUGAACAUCAAAACAAAAAUCUGACCAAAAUUCAAAGGCAACAGAUAUAUGCAGCAUUGACUGGAAAAACUAACAAUGGAAUCCUGAGAAAAAUGAGAAAAAAUGCUACAACUGAAGUUGCAGCAAUGUUUAAUGUGAAAAGGGCUAGAGUGCAAGCUAUUUGGCGAAGAGUGAAGCAAUGCCGUGCCCAGGGAAUACCAAUUGAUAUUUGUGCAAAGACCCGAUACCUUGCCGAAGCGAGUCAGAAGGUCAAUGAAAGCCCUUACAUCGCUCUUGGUCGUGUUCAUGAAGACCGCUGCAUCGUCUGCGUAUAA